AUUACCAUGAAGAUAUCUGGAUAUAUGGAAGUACAUUUAUAAAGCAAUUAAUCAUGUAAAUUUAUAGUAACAUAUGACUAGUCAGUUAUAUAUAUAUGUAUGUGAAUUCAGUAGAUAUAUUAACCAUUUCGGAGAGUUAAUAGAAGCAAAACAAGAGACAAAAAUGUUAAUCAUUUCAAACGCAGUGACGGUGAAUGAACACGAGGUGGCAGUAGAGCUCCACGAAAAUCCAGGCAGAGCUUGAGCUCGAGUAAGCCAACUGAUUCAGCAUAGAGAAUAAUCAUAUAGAGAGACAACAACAAUUUACUAACUAAAAUGGUUCUGCCUUUAGUGAAGACCUGCUGAAGAAGGUCCUUGUAAAUUACUAACACUUCUAAAUGAUAAGUAACUAUAUGGUUUAAUGUUGUUGAAUUAAAGAGCCCCAAGACAUGGACAGGGCUUAAAAAACUCUUAUAAUGGAUGGCACUAAUUAGCUAACGCUAGCUACACAGGAAGCCCUGAGUAAGUUUGUUCAUAAUCGAACGGUUCUCCGGGAAGAUGUGCUGAACAUGUGAUUAAAUUAGAUAAGUGUGUUCCUCAGCAGGCGUGUCUGUGUAAUACUCUUAUGCUGCUGGAGCGGACUGCCACUCUCUGGGCCGAAUGAGGUUGGGGUGUCCGCGCUGAGCCUCUGCAGGUAAUCCAAUCGUGUCUCCUGAGAGGCGGGCUGAGGAGGACUCGCGCUUCCUGCAGAGGCUCACGCGAGGUCAUUCAGCGCUACCUGCACUCAGGACUGGACUUGUUAGCUAAGCUACUCUCUUAGACAAACCUGGGGACAGUUGGCUGGUUUAAGCAGGUUUGCUGCUCUAUUUUGUUUGGACUGCAGUGUUUUUUCCGCUGUGUUGGGCCAAUGUAUAUAUAUUUAUUAUAUUAGUGCUUCUGGUUAACGCAGACUGUGGGCCGAGCGCUGUCCGUGGUGCUGAUGGUCACACGUUUAUAUUAGCCUAGAAAGGCCGGAAUAGAAAGGCCGGUCACUAUAACUAUUUCUGAUUGGACGAUACACUGUUAUAAACAGAAACAACAACAACAACAAAAAAACAUUAGCUCUUGAAAUGAGAUAAUUUCAAUAUAUAAUUUUUUUCUAAUUAGAAUUUUUGUUUUACUAAGCCUUGUAACUUAAGAUAAACACAAAACUUGCCGUUUAAGUUAUUCUUAUACUUGGGUCCAAAUUCAAGGUAUAAAAUCAGUGAUUUUAGCUUGAAGUCACUAAUUUUAAGACUUUGAAAUUGCUUAUUUCAAGAAAUCUUACUAUGAAAAAAAUUGCUUAACCCAUUAGCAGACUCAAUAUAAGCGUAUACGUCUCAAUUUACAUAUAUUUUGUCGAGUUUUUGCCAAUAUUUGGAAUUGUUGCAAAAAAAGUUACACUAAACAAUAGUAUUGCCAGUUAAGGAAAUGUUAAAUUACCAAUAAUAAUUAUUUAAUAAUAUAACAGCAUAAUAAUUAAAUUACCCUUAUUUCAAGUUAAGUCAAGAGGCUUUUAUUGUCAUUACAUCUUAGUACAGGUAGAGUCAACACCCAAGCUCUUCUUGCACAAACAAAACAUAAUGGGCAGUAUUGAGAUCAGGAAAAAUAUUUAAGACCAUGGCCAUUUAUAGUACAAUAAUUGAUCGAAUAAAUAUUGUGAUAGGCCUAUCCCUUCUUAUAAUGCCAGGCAGUUAUCAGAACAAUGAUUAAUGUUUCUAGUUAAAAAGUCUUUACCAUGAAAGACAUGCUCCAGCCCAUUCCCCUUCCAGAAUGUUUUAAUCUCUCCUAUCACGUUACCUCCCUUGGGAAAUCAUAGUCAAUGCGCAUGCGACCCUGUUUCUCUCAGAUCGCCCUUCCUUUAUCGUCUUAGUUUAUCAGUGGGUGAAGGUAGCUAACACACCAUGAUUUGGAACAGGUGGAUAAGCAGUAGCACUAGUUUUUGCGAACAGCUAAGGGCUACUUCAGCCCCAGUCCCUUUCCUAGCCAGUGGGAGUGUUUCCUCUGGAAAUGAGGGCCAGAAGCAACAAAGGAAGAGAACCACCGUCCUUCCAUAGCACAUGUAACCAGAAAGCCUACUUGGCCUAUUUCCAGAAAACCUGCCUGGUUCAAAUGUUUUGUACUCAUUUGUACCUUUCUUGUGUGCAUACAUACUUUAUGGACUUACGUACAGACCUUGUUGAUUAGCUUAUGGUAUGUAGAAGAAAAGUCACUGCACCUGGUUAACAAAAUAAGCAAUGCUGGACCUGCUACAGUCCCGUUGUUCUGUGCCAUUGCAACCGUAUUUAUUCUUCUUCCUGUGACUGACACUGGACCAGACUGAACUGGACUUCUACUCCAGUUUAGCCACUCUGAUUCCUUGCUGUACCCCCAACCCUGAAUGAGGGUUCAAAGGGGGUACAGCAUCUUGCCAUGGCUCAUUCGUCUGAUGAGGUGCGCAGAGAGAUGACGAAUGGGGCCCAUUCCAGCACCCAUCCCAGUGGGUCCGGGACCUCCACUUUGCCGAGGUACCUGCACAAGAAGCAGCAGCGCCAGAAAGGUGUGCGAUCUUCCUCUCCAAUGGGUAGAGUCAUCCUCAUCAAUGCACCUGUAGAUGGUGGAGAUGACAGUGAGGACAUCCAUACGAUCACUGUGGACAAGAGUGAGGAUGGCAAGCUGGGCUUCAGUGUGCGUGGAGGCUCUGAGCAUGGCCUUGGCAUCUUUGUCAGCAAGGUGGAGGACAACAGCUCUGCAGAGUUUGCUGGGCUGUGUGUUGGGGACAAGCUGGUGGAGGUGAAUGGGAUCAGUCUGGAGAGCAUCACAAUGAGCAGUGCUGUGAAGGUCCUCACAGGAAACAACCGCCUGCGCAUGGUGGUCAGACGUGUGGGGAAAGUGCCUGGCAUCCGGUAUUCCAAAGAGAAGACCACAUGGGUGGAUCUGAUCCAUCGGAGAAUGGUGGUGGAGGAGAGUGGUCGUACCCCCUCGGAAGCCAGUUCAGAUGGAGCUUUGCGCAGGAUAGUGCACCUCUAUACCACUUCAGACGACUACUGCCUGGGGUUUAACAUCCGUGGGGGCAAGGAGUUUGGGCUGGGCAUCUACGUCUCAAAGUUGGAUCCGGGUGGCUUGGCAGAGCAAAAUGGCAUUAAAAUGGGAGACCAGAUUCUGGCAGCCAAUGGAGUGAGCUUUGAAGACAUCACUCACAGCAAUGCUGUGGAAGUCCUAAAGAGUCACACCCACGUCAUGCUAACCAUCAAGGAGGCUGGCAGAUAUCCUGCAUAUAAGGAGAUGGUAGCAGAAUACAGCUGGCUCAAUAAAUUGGCUAAUGGUGGACAGCCGUCCUCCUCUCUGGGUUCGGACUCCUACUCCUCCACCUCCUCUCUCUCCUCUGGUACGCCGGUCAGCUCCCUCAGUGGUCUGUCUCAGGUCAUGUUUCCACCUGCCUUCGGCUCAGAGAUGGUGGACGUCUGCAUCUCAACUGAGGAUCGCUCUCGCAGGCCCAGCUCUGACCGGACCGAGACCGCCAUCCAGACUGACCCCCUAGAGCCUGACGCUUCACCCCGACCGGGCAGGGUCGUCUCUGUGGACACCAGUCGGACUGUUGGCGAGACCGUUCUGUUGAAGGAUACAGUGAUCCGGACUGGGAGUUUUGAUAAGAGUGGCCGGUCUCGAACGAGGACUUUUUCUGCAGGAGACAAGGAGGUUCUGGACUCUCCAAAGACUGCAGUGCUAAUGGCUCUUAGCAAGCCCCGCAAACCCAUCCGCAGAUCACAGAGCCACAUCACUGUCUCAGAGGACAAGCAGAAGAAGAAGAAACAGCAGCAGACGGAGAAGGCUGAACCUACAGGCAGUACUCUACAGCGCUCCAAGACCUUCGUCAGCCUGCUGUUUAAAAGCGGCCGCAAGAAGGACAGGUCUGCUUCUAGAGAUAGGAAAGAUGGGACAGGGACAGGGGACAGACAUCGGGGACGCUCCAAAUCGCCUACACAUAGUGAGCGGGGUAAGGAGCGAAGUCGUCCAAUCAUUAGCCUCCUGAGCUCUCCCAGGGAGACGCGAGCUGGAGUGUGGGAGCCUGCGCCCAUGCCCAGUCCUGAGACCAUGGCCAUGGUGGAGGAUAUGGCUCUUAAACUGCUGACUGAGGAUGAGGUGGCAGCAGUCAUGAGACACUGCACCAGGUUUUUGUCAGAGCGGGUGGUUGAGGACCUUGUGCGCCCCCUACUGGCCAUACUCGACAGGCCUGAGAAGCUGCUGCUGCUGAGAGAGAUCAGAAUGAUCAUCCCCCCUACGGACCUGGGCCGGUUUGACAGCAUGGUGAUGCCUUUUGAACUGGAGGCCUACGACAUUUUAAAGAACCGGUCUGUGCGUUCUCCGGCUCUGCGCUCCCCUCGUCAUGGUGGAACCCCUCGGCGCCAUCUCAUAACACCCAUUCCAGACUACAGAGGAGGUUUCCAGCUGCAGCCUGUUCAGGAUGUGGAGCGAGAUCGUCAGUUAGUAGAGGAGCUGGAGCGCCUGAGACUGGCUACUCUCCCCACAGGCCGUCUGCCCCCGCCUCGGGCCUUCACUCCUCUGCUGGAUGUACCAGUGGACAGCUACAUCUCAGGCUCUCUCCGGCCGCACUCCUUAAGCCCCUCUCGGCCCAACUGGCUGCUCAGCGAGUCCCCUCACGGCACAGAGCGCCAUGGGCGCUCCCCACAAAGACAGAGCAAUGGUUCACCCAGGACUGCACACUAUGAGGUGAACUCCUAUAGGGGUGAAACCACACAGGAGCGGGGCAGGUCACCUUACAGGAACGGCCAUGGCAAAACUGCAAAUGGAAAAGAAGCUAAAUACACAGUGAUGAGCGCACACAGGCGAAGCAGAAUGCCACUAACACAAGUGUUUGGGACAGACACUGCACAGAACACUGUGGGCAGAGAGCAGGUGAAUGGACACACUGGGUUUUCUGCAAAUGAGCAAGACAGCCUAUCAGGGAUUGAGUAUGAGCUGACCACCGUCUCCAUCUCCAAGACCAAACAGUCUCUGGGUAUCAGCAUCUCAGGCGGGAUGGAGUCCAAGGUUCAGCCGGCGGUAAAGAUUGAGAAGAUAUUUCCAGGAGGAGCUGCCUCCACUAGUGAGGUGCUGAAGGCUGGAUUUGAGCUUGUGUCGGUUGAUGGAGAAUCCCUUCAGGGAGUCACUCAUCAGCAUGCAGUGGAUGCCAUAAGACGGGCUUUCAGCAACAAGGCCAAAGACCCGAUGGAGUUUGUCGUUAAAGUUCCGAAAAAUCCAAAAGACUGAGGGGGGAAAAUAUCCUCUACUUCACUGUGUAGAACAUUUGGACAUCAAGAGCUUUGUUCUGACUGCGGUUCCCUAUAGAGGAAAGGAGGGAGAACAUGAAAAUUCUAUAUGAAACCUACAGUAUAGAACACUAAAGCUAUAGGACAGAACCAGAAGAACAGAAGAAGCAAAGCUGCCAUUGUGUACAGAGUUAAUCAGUUUGCUGAACCAGUGUACCCAAGGGUGAGGUUCCUGACAGGGCUUCCAUAGAGUGCUCCUGGCCAGUAUGUAACACCAAACCAGGUAUUUUGUAUUUCAUCAUUUGUACACCUUGUAUUAUCUUUCCACUUGUUAGUCUGUAACUGUAGCUCAGGGUCGGUUUCCACAGACAAUCAUUAUGGCACAUUCUGGAAAAAAUAAAAUAAAAAAAGAACUGAUGGCCUGUAGAAUGCCAGUGGGCAGAUGUUUGUCUGUGGUAAACUACCCCAAUACCAUUCCAUCUUUAUCAAUCCUCCAGAGUAUCAGGAUUAUAUCUGGAUAAAGCCAAGCCACGUAAAAGACAGAUACAAGUCUUGUCACUCCAGUUAUUUCAGUAGGUGUUGUAAAACACAUUUGAGCAACAUCUCUCUAAUGCUGUGUUACAUUUGAACUUUGUAUGUCAUUUAAAUUCUGAUAUUUCAAAUUGGAAUCUCCAAGUUGGAAAUUUCAACUGGAAAACCCCCACAAGUCAUAUUUCCUACUUAGAAAUUUGUACUGGACAUUAACAGUAUUACAGGAAAUCAGGAAAAAUGAUAACCUGGGACAUUAAAAUGUAGGACACAUUUUGGAUGGAUUUACAAUAAAACACCAGUAAAGGUAAAGUGUUAAAUCAGCUCCAGUGAACACCUUUUAGUCUUUAGUUAAAUGCUUUUUGAAAUUGUGUAAAUUAUUUGGAAUGCUUAACAUGAAUGCCAUCAAUUUGGUCGUGAUGUCAUUCCGAGCUACGAAUUUCGAGGUAAAUGGAUCACAGCAUAACAGACAUUUAACAACCAAAAAACACCAGACAUAAUUACCUACCUGAUCAAAAUGUGUGGAUACAUUCUGAUCAGGAUACAAUCCAGAUACUAGUCACAUGAAGUGAACAGUGUAAACCGGUGUAAGCGGGACCUAUGAUACAGAUACAGCUUCAAUAAGGCUAUGUUCAGACUGCCAGCCCAAAUCAGAUUUUAUCCAGAUUGUGUUUUUUUAUAGUUUGGAAUGAAAAAAACACAUUUGGAUGUGGUGAAAUGUGAUUACAAUCAGAUUUGUACAGAUGCAUUUCACUCCAGACACGUGUCUUUUGCAUCACUUUUUUUGCAAUAGAUAUAUUUGUGAUGUCCAAAACACACGUCCAACUUGACCACUUGCAAAUAACAGUGUGGAAAGUUGUCUCAAAACAUCUGAUUUAGGCAACUAAUCCCAUUUCCCUGCAGUCUGAACACAGCCUAAGUGCACUAUUUUUUUUUAAGAUUUUUUUUUUUCUCACUAUUUUUUUUCAAGAGUUCAAGAUUUGCUUGAACUUACUAAUGCAGCAUUCCUUCAGGCCUCAUAUAAUGUUUCUUCUCCAUGACUUCACUCUAAAUAUCUCAGUAAAAAUGAGAUGGGGAAGCUUUAUGUCUAAAUUUGGUCGUAGCUUAUGCUCCGGCCAGCGCUGAGUGAUAAGAAGCAUGUUGGCAUGGGGAUAAUCUAAGUCAUAACACCAGCACUCAUCCCGGCACGGCGAGGGAGUGAAGAGUUCCGGAGCUCUGCUGCCAGGCCUAACAGAGAUUAAACUAGGUUUCCAGAUUUACAUUCAGAUUAAUUCUCUGUAUUAUGUCAAACUCGAUGGCUUGAUUUAGUGAAUGUCUGGCAGAUUAUUACAAAUCACAGCCUAUUUCAGUCUCUCUGUUUUUUUUUGUCUCUUGAGCCAAUGCUUUAAAGCACGUGGCCAAAGUAACAAACCCAUCCAGGAUUUUGUUGAAACAAAAUACCAGGGUGGGACAUUUAUAGAGCUGAAAAGCUGAUACAAGUAUUUGAAUCUGCAUUUUGUAUAUUUUAAUUAAUUUACCUGAUUUUAAAAUGUUAUAUUCAAUAUUGGUAUAUAGAAUUGAAUUUUAAACAUGUUUCAGAAUCAGAAAAUGCAGAUAAAAAAAAUCAGAUCCACAAAUUCAAUAGUAUUUUGUUCAAAACGCAAAUUUAGGCCAGAUGUGAAACAUCUGGUAAAUGUUUUUUUUAUACUUUAUGUUUUAAUUGAUAAUAAUUUUAACUAGUUUAAAACACAAAAAUAGCAUUGUUAAAAAAUAAAUGUAUAAAUUACGCUAAUAGAUAUUUCAAGUUUAUCAAAAGUUUAUCAACAUUUACAAAUUUUCAAAGGUUCCAAUAUAUAAAAUGCAGAUUUAAAUUAUUAUAAUUAUUAUUAAUCACUUAUGCUGUCAUUUUCUAGGCCUAAAAAUGCCAUCUUUGCUUUAAACGCAUGUGGUGAGGAGACUUACAGACACAUACAGUUCACUCAUACACAACAAUGCAUGCACAAGGCUUUAUCCGUCUUGGUCUGAGUUUCCGAAGCUGUACACUUUAGGUCAUUAUGAGAUUAUGUUACAUCUUUGCUGAGUGCCUUAGCCUUCAUCUGUGCAUUAUACCAGUGCAGUAGAGCAGCAGGAUCUGAACUGCUCACAGGGGGAAGAACAGGUACUGAGUUUUUCCACUAAUAAACAUGAUUAGGCUCCACGGUUGUUCUGGAGGGGCACGUGUUUGGCAAGUGCUUUUACAGCUGAUUUUAUUACAGGAGUCCUGUGUGAGUAUUGCAUAAUAAAAAACUGAAAUAUUA